AUGGGUAGCCAACCUGAGGUGCACGUCAUCAUUGUCGGCGGCGGUAUUGCCGGCCUCGCAACGGCAAUUGCCCUCCGAUCUCCCAAUCGCAGAAUCACCAUCCUCGAACGCUCGCGCAUGGUCCGCGAAGUCGGCGCGCUGCUCUCCCUGCAACCCAAUGCCACCAAGAUCAUCGACAAAUGGGGCAUCGACUCGUUCCUCGCCGCCGCCGAGCCCAUGCCCGACCGAGCGUUUCGCAUGUUCAAUACAGACGGGAAGCUCGUGCGGGAGAUGAACCUGGACAAGAAGCAGUUUGGUGCCGACAGGGUCAUGUACCACCGCCAGGAUCUCUCAUUGGCUCUUAAGAAUGCGGCCGUUAGCCCCGACUUGCCGGGCAACCCAGCUGAGAUCCGGACUUCAAGUCAGGUUGUCAGUGUGGACUGCGAGGAAGGAAUUGUGACGUUGGAGAGCGGCGAGACUAUUACGGGAGAUGUGAUCAUCGGCGCGGACGGUGUCCACAGCGCCGUUCGGACAGCAGUCCUGGGUGAGGAGCAGAAGGCCAUCCCGACGGGCAUCUCUGCAUACCGGAUGCUGAUCCCCACCGAGAAACUGGGCAACCUGUCUGCUCCCAAGAAGCUCAUUGACCCGCUGGACCCGUCGACGACGAUGAUCAUCGGCCACGACCGGCGGGUUAUCAUGGGCCCCGGCCGCGGAGCCAAGAUGUACGGCAUCGUCGCGCUAGUGCCGGACGAGAAGAUGGCUGAGAGCAGCUCGAGCGACAGCUGGGUCGAGGCCGGCAGCAUGGAGAAGCUGCGCGAGACCUACGCCGACUUCCCCGGCUGGCUGCACGAGAUCUUCGCCGCGGCGCCGGACCUCGGGCUCUGGCAGCUGCGCGACAUCGACCCGCUGCCGCGCUGGGUCCGCGGCCGCACCAUCCUGAUCGGCGACGCGGCGCACGCGAUGCUCCCGACGCAGGGCCAGGGCGCGUCGCAGAGCAUCGAGGACGCCGAGGCGCUGCGGGCGUUCCUGGGGGCGUCGCCGGCCAAGAGCGAUGUCCAGGCGGCGCUGGAGCGGGUGUUUGCGGUGCGCCGGGAGCGGGCCGGCCUGAUUCAGAAGUAUAGCCGCGAGCAGGCCAAGCCGGGGACGGAUGCGGCGAGUAAGGAGGUCAAGUUGGAUCCGGGGCAGUUCAUGAAGUACAACUGCGACUAUGAGGGAGCGGCGGACUGGGAGGAGAGACAGAAGCGCGGGGAGGUGGCAGUUUGAUGAUGA